AGACGGACUCUCAGUGCAGGAGCCGCCUCCUGGACCUGGUCUUCAUCAUCGACAGCUCUCGCAGCGUUCGUCCUGGUGAGUUUGAGAAGGUCAAGAUCUUCCUGGCUGACAUGGUGGACACUCUGGACGUGGGCUCAGACGCCACCAGAGUGGCUGUGGUCAACUACGCCAGCACCGUCAAGAUCGAGUUCCUGCUCAAAGCCCACUUCAACAAACCCGACAUGAAGAAAGCCAUCUCCCGCAUCGGGCCUUUGGCAGCAGGGACCAUGACCGGCCUCGCCAUCAAAACGGCAAUGAACGAGGCCUUCACCGAGCAGUCCGGAGCCCGGCCUCGCUCGGGGAACAUCUCCAAGGUGGCCAUCAUUGUGACGGACGGGAGACCCCAAGACCAGGUGGAGGAAGUGUCUGCUUCAGCUCGGGCCUCUGGCAUCGAGAUCUACGCCGUCGGGGUGGACCGUGCAGACAUGCGCUCCCUGCAGCUGAUGGCCAGCAUCCCUCUGGACGACCACGUGUUCUACGUGGAGACGUACGGCGUUAUUGAGAAGCUCACCUCCAAGUUCAGGGAGACGCUGUGCGGUCUGGACCCCUGUGCCACGGGACACGAGUGUCAACACAUUUGUGUCAACAGCAACGCCUCCUUUUAUUGCAAGUGUCGGGCCGGUUACAUCCUGAACGCUGACAUGAAAACAUGUUCCCUGAAACUGGCGAAGGUGGAGGUGGAGGUGGUGGCGGUGGAUCCCUGUAAAUGCGAGUCCAGGCUGGCCUUCCAGAAGCAGACGCAGGCGGCCAUCCAGCAGCUCACAGCCAAGCUGGCGGAUGUGUCUGGGAGAAUAGAGCGUCUGGAGAACACGGUGGGCCGUGCAUGAAGCGGGACACAGAGAGCCACAGAUCACCCCGACUUCUGCUUCCUGUCGUCCAACAGCCGCAGGUCGAGUGAAGCUGUGAUUCACAAACCAGAAUCCCUCAUGUUACUGCUGUCGACUGUCGAGCAACAAUAUCCUCAACUGAUCUGGGAUUUUUGUGAACUGUUAAUGAUUUAUUGAAAAUGCUGUAAAAAGCAACAUACUGUAUUUUUUCUUAACACCAGUAUGAACAUGCUGUGACGCUAAAUAACCAAAGAAAAUGAAUAUUCAUAGUUUCUCCUGUUCUGUAUUAUGUAGUUUGUAUGUCCUGUUUGUGCAUAGUGUACAUAGUGGUCAUUUGUGGAAAUGUCUAAUCGUGAUUAAUAUAGUGAUUCGAUUUUAUAGGAAAAUGACAGUUUGCUCAGAGGCCGAAAAGUUUCUUACA